GCCAAAACCACCGACGAGCUCCCAUAGUCCCAAUGCUACUCCUCCGUAUCCCCUUGGCGCGCCAACCCGAGUCCAUGCCAGCGAUGCCAAUCGCAAAAUAUACCAGGUAGGAUGGCUGAGCUCGUAUCAUCAGUUUACUGCUUCUAUUCAGAAGCCUCGGUCCGUUCGGGACUUGCUACCGACCCCACACUUUCUAUUGCCUCCAGAGGGAGGUAAUCCCCAGAUUUAUCUCGAGAGAUGCUGACUGCCUUGCUAUUCUUUCUCCCUUAUCCAUCCUCUGCUCCUUGCGAAGAAACCUUCACUCUCCUUCCAGUUUGCUGUCUACAAUGUCGUCGCCUCCGCCCCUAAAUACACCACUAACUAAGCUCUUGGGCAUCAAGUAUCCCAUCAUGCUCGCCGGCAUGGCGCGCACGUCUGGAGGUCCGCUCGCGGCAGCAGUGUCCAACGCAGGCGGUAUCGGCACGAUAGGUGGCCUGGGCUACACGCCAAAGCAAUUACAAGAGAUCAUCGACGACCUAAAAUCCAACCUCGCCGACCCAUCCCUCCCAUUUGGUGUAGACCUCGCGCUCCCCCAGGUUGGCGGCUCGGCCCGCAAGACGAACCACGACUACACGCACGGCCAACUCGACGAGCUCAUUGAAGUCACCAUCCGCAACGGAGCCAAGUUGUUCGUGUCUGCCGUCGGCGUCCCUCCCGCCCGGACGAUCAAACGCUUGCACGAAGCAGGCAUCCUGGUGAUGAACAUGGUCGGUGCUCCCAAACAUGCUGAAAAGGCCUUGAGAGCGGGCGUCGACAUCGUCUGCGCCCAGGGCACCGAGGGCGGUGGACAUACUGGGGAUAUCGCAAACAGUAUUCUCAUUCCCGCAGUGUGCGAUGUCGCCAGGAACUACAAGUCUCCGCUGACGGGCGAGCCCGCACUGGUUGUUGCGGCCGGUGGGAUCUACGACGGGCGCAGUUUGGCGAGCAGUCUGAUGCAAGGCGCGGUAGGUGUCUGGGUCGGAACAAGGUUCGUCGCGGCCGAAGAGAGUGGCGCGAGUAAGUUGCACAAAGAGGCUGUUGUGACGGCGGAUUUUGCGGAUACGCUGCGCACGCUGGUCGUGUCGGGGCGGCCACUCAGGUGUAGAAUGAAUGACUAUGUGAAGAAGUGGGAGGACCACCCUGAGAGGAUCAAGGAGUUGACGGACAAGGGAAUUGUGCCUAUGGCGUAUGAUCUCGAGCAGGAGAACGAGAUUGAUAUGCCGUAUUUGAUGGGUCAGGUCGCUGCUAUUGUCAAGGAUAUCAAACCCGCAAAACAGAUUGUAGAUGAGAUGGUCACGCAAGCGGUGGAUAUGCUGAGAUUAGGACACACAUAUAUCAAAGCACCACAAAGUAAGCUGUAAUCCCAGGUGAGGACCAAGGAAUGCGAUGAGUUUACAAAUA